UAGCUGAAAGUCAAGUCCAGAGUAUAAAAUUAAUAAUGACGUUAUUAUUGUAAAAAAUAUCGUUAAUUUCAUGUAUGAAACGUAUAUUUCAUGCUUGUAUUGUAUCGUAUCCGCGACAAUCUUCACAAUAAAGCAGUAGUGUGAAACUCACAGUCCUCGGGAUGGAGAUGGUGUGGGUAAAGGCGGAACCCCCGUGGGACGAAGCGGCGGAGCCCGAGGGCUCCCCGGGACACGAAGAGCCGCCAGUCCUGCAUGAUGAUAUUGCAGCGCCUCUAGCUCUGGAGUCCGGGAUCGUGCGGGUAAAGCAGGAGCCUGUAUGUGAGGAUGGCACCAGCGAGCCCAGUGAGACCAAGGGUGUAGUGCAGCCACAUGACGCCGUGGUUAAGGACCAUGUGCGCGUCAAGGUUGAAGUGGAGUGCGUGAAGCGGGAGCCCGCGGGGGAGGGGGAGGGGGGCGGAAGCGGGACGGCAAGCGAGUGCGAGAAAGAGACCGCGCAGAAGGUGAAACAAGAGCCGCAAGAAUCUGGACAGCCACAAGGUCAAACGCGCGACUCUCAACCGUCCAAUCACGUCGAAGUAAGCCGCGGGCCCAACUCGUGCGAGGUCUGCGGCAAGGAGUUCAAGCAAUCCUACAACAUCAAGGCUCACAUGAAAAUACACAGCGGUGACAAACCCUACGCCUGCGAUACAUGCGACAAACGCUUCAUGACGCCGCGCGACCUAAAGACACACGAACGGACGCACACUGGGGAAAAACCCUACAUGUGUAGGAUCUGUAAAAAAGUGUUCUCACAAUUGGGCAAUUUAAAGACACACGAGCGGACACACACGGGCGACAAACCACACUCCUGUAAAAUAUGCAACAAAGAAUUCGCGGAAACGAGCAGUUUAAAGAAACACGAGCGUAUUCACACUGGUGAAAAACCGUAUUCGUGCGAAAUAUGUAAAAGAGAGUUCCGGUUAUCGAGUAUGUUAAAUAAACAUAAAAGAGUUCACAUAGAAGAAAAACCAUACGCCUGUGGAUUUUGUAACAAGCAGUUUGUGCUACAGGGAGAUCUACAAAUACAUGUACGUAUACACACGGGUGAUAGACCCUACGUGUGUGGAAUAUGUGAAAAAGAAUUUACACGACCGAAUACUUUGAAGCGACAUGAACGAAUUCACACCGGAGAAAAACUGUACUGCUGUGAAGUUUGUAAAAAAGAGUUCACUAGUUCCAGUGAUUUAAAAAAGCAUCAGCGAAUACACACCGGUGAAAAGCCGUACUCAUGUGAAAUCUGUAAAAAAGAGUUUACGGGCUCGAGCAGUUAUCACAGGCAUAAAUUAGUCCACUCAGGGGAGAAGCCUUAUUCAUGUGAGAUUUGUCAUAAGGAGUUCCGGCAAUCGAGCAGCUUGAAGGAUCAUUUACGAAUCCAUACUGGUGAAAAACCUUACGUGUGUGCUUUAUGUGAUAAGGACUUUAGGGAAGUGAGCGGUUUAAGAAGGCAUGAACGGACUCACACGAGGUAAAAAUGGCGGAGAGUGAAUAAAAUGUACUUUUAUCAAAAGACGAAGGUUUGAAUGCCCCGUCAUUUGUAAUUAGCCUGCCUGUAAUUGUCUGUUUACGAUGAUGAGUUCAAAGAGUAUAUUUUAACUUUUACAA